AUGGAAGGAUUCGACAGCACCGGAAAGUAUUCACUUGUGCGGUCCACCAGCUCUUGGGCCUCCAGUCUCUUUUCCAGAACCGCGCCCCAUCCAAACGGUAACUCCCUCACCCAGAAAGCCAUGGCAAGCGACGACAACUUCACCAUCUUGGAUUGCAUUCCACUUGGACAGUCACUUCGCGCCAUCGAGCUGACCCCCAUAGACCCUCGCUCUGUCCACAGCACCAUGGGUCGAUUUUCCACCUACAUCCAACCGGGUGUCCUCCAGCAUCUCGGCGACAACGUGGCGGCUUUUGCAAACCAAGUCCUCCUGCUGGAUCCAGCCUCGAUUCCGCCCACUGCUUCUGCCACACCUACCAACUCAUACGGCACUGCGACUUCGAUUGUGAUACCGGGACAGUAUUAUGCCUCGUUCUUUGGUUGGUUCAUGGUCACCACAUCCUUCUCCACCAUCGGUAUCGCCACAGCUGCAUCCGCGGGGUGCUCCGUUGUCAUCAUUGCUCUCGUUGGAUCGAUCUUCAAGCGUCGGAUCAAGAUCGGUACUCGCACCAUCCAGCGUGUCCUCAAGGAUCUGCUCAUUGGCUUGGCUUGGCUGGUUACCAAAUCAGUUGCUGCAUUAGCUGUUGUCUCGAUCGUGACACUCAUUUCUGCCUCGACUUUGCCAUGGAAUUCACCAUUCCGAUUCGCGUACUACUUGGUGUUCCAAGGUCUUUCGGCCGUCGUCCCUUGGGCUGCGAUGAAUGCGGUAUUAUUCCAUUAUGAGAUGAAGCGAUCCCACCAUGAUGGCCAAGACACCCGCCCCGACUUGCUUGUGUCGUUACUCAAGCCAGUACCUCCAUCCUACGAGGAUAUCGAACUCGCCGAUAGGGAGCACCCCGAGCAGCUCCCGAUGUAUGAAGUCCCGGUAGCGCCGCCCGGCAAUCUCGCUGCGACCAACACACAUGCCUCGAACAGUGGCCCCGACUCUGCCUCGUCCGAGUCGCAUUCCAACGCCGAUCUGGUGUACUUUGCCGGGCCUCCUGCCAACUCGGCUCUGUCGACUGCUGGAACAUCCGAGUCCGUCGAUGCCGAUGCUGCUGUGGGUUCUUCUGCCAGAGCCACCAACACCGUGCCGGCUGCCUCCAUCGGCCAUCCCGCAUUCUCGAACGAUCCUCCUGCUAGACCCCGCUUUGUCUAUGGAUACGCCAACUUUAUCGAUCUUGCGGUCCUCGCCAUCUUCCACACACUCAUGUGCAUCGUCUCAGUGUUCAUCUUCCCGGACAUUGCCCUAUUCGGGGUUUGGUUUCGAUCGUUGGAGGAUGCGACUCCGAAUACAAUUGGACGAGUGACAUCGAUGGUGAUUGACUCGUGCGCAUCGAUUGUGUUCAGACUGCGAUUGCGCUGUUGGUCGCAUUGGGUGAAAUGUCUGAGCAUCAGGCAUUGA